AUGACUCCAACACUUACCACCACUGCUAGUAUGACUAUUCGGACUGCGGUAUUAAUUCCUUCAAACGGUUCACCUAAUCCAACUUUAUCACCUACUAACGCUAAAGUUCUAUAUAAUGUGUCGCCUUCAUACAACGUUUCCUAUGGUGAACCAGCUCCAUUCCUAAAAACGCGAAACUCAUGGCAAAAUGUAAUAUACGGAAUAAUAUUCAUGACGAUUGGAUUAAUUGAAAUAUUCUUUGGUUAUAAAUUGAUUCGAAUAACAUUGCUCCUCAUGGGAUUUCUCUUUUGGUCCAGCACAUCUUUGGUUGUCCUACUGAUACUGGAUAAUUCACAAAAAUAUUUUCGAUCAGCUUUAUAUUAUUUUGUGAUAUGGUUAAGUUCCGGUACAUUAGGAGGUUUAUUAUCAUUUUGGUGUUGGCAUUUAGGGUUAAUAUUAACAUCAGCGUACGGUGGUUUCGCGUUCAUCAUAACAUCUUUAACAUUAAUUCCAAUCUCAAUUGACAUCAUACGUUAUAUUUUAAUAUCAUUCUUUAUUUUAUUACCUCCAAUCUUGGUCUAUAAAUAUGAAAGGCAAUCCAUCUACGUCGCCACUUCUGUGGCGGGUUCUUAUACAUUCUUUUGUGGUUUAGAUGAAUUUGCUCAUCAAGGUUAUAGAGAGAUGAUUCAAUUCACUCGUUAUGAGGGAACAUUAAGAUUCGUCCCUACGACCAUCAUAUAUAUCAUGAUCUUACUUUCCAUAUUAUUGGCUGCUCUCGGUAUUACCUUUGAAUAUAAAUGUCAUGAUAACCCUUCUUUUCAUAUUUGGUGUGGUGAUGAAUCUAGACAUGAUAAACCUUUAGGUGGUAAUGAACUUGUCAUUAAACAAAGCAAGAAUUUCUCUUUUGUUAAGUUUAUUAUCAAUUUCUUUGUAAUUAUCAAAUUACGUUUAACUUUUCUUUUAAUUAAAAUGAGAUUUGUUAAAGUUAAUUCAAAUAACGAGAAAUCUGCUGAACAAGCUGAUGUUAGUCAUACACCUGAUGCGCGUGUCAUUAUUAAUCAUUAA